AUGCAGCACUCAGUAUACGUUUAUAUAUACAGAGGGAGAGAGAGAGCCUGAUUAGCUAGGGUUAUCCUUCUUAUGUUGAAGCUAGGAGGAAGGAGAGGAAGAGGAAGAAGAAGAAGAAGAAGAAGAAGAAGAAGAAGAGGAAGAGGAAGCAGAAAGUAACAAAAGUUGAAUACCGGAAUGGGCAGAGGAAAAAUCGCGAUCAGGAGAAUCGAAAAUCGGACGACAAGGCAGGUUACGUUCUCUAAGCGGCGAGCCGGGCUGUUCAAGAAGACUCAUGAACUCUCCGUUCUGUGUGACGCACAGAUCGCCCUCAUCGUCUUCUCCAGUAACGGCAAGUUGUUUGAAUACUGCAGCCAGGCAACCUGCAGCAUGGAUCAAAUAAUCAGGCGCUACCAGAUUGCCAUCGGGAACCCUAUUCCGGACCAGAAUAUGAACGACCCGGAAGAAUUGGAGAGGCUGUUGCGGAUUAUGAGAAAAGACACAGACGAGCUUCAGCUGAGCUUGCAGCGCUACACGGCGGAGGAUUUGAGCACUUUCCAGCUUCGCGAUCUCGACGAAAUCGAGAACCGUCUCCAAACCUCCCUCAACAGAGUUCGAGCUCGAAAGUCAGAGGUGUUACAUCAGCAAGUGGAAAACCUGCGGAGGAAGGAGAAAAUGCUGGAGGAUGAAAAUGAACAAAUCUACCAUUUGAUAAAAGAGCAGCAGAUGGCGAUGGAGCAGCAGCAGGAUGUAGCGGCGGCGAUGAUGAUGCAGAAACGAAGAAGCGAAGAGGAAGAGAUGAGAAUUAGGAGGCCGGAAGAUCAUCAGCAUCAGCAUCAGAAUCAUCAGCAUCAGCAUCAGAAUCAUCAGCAUCAGAAUCAUCAGCAUCAGCAUCAGAAUCAUCAUCAUCAUCAUCAUCAUCAUCCUCAUCAUCAUCCUCAUCAUGGCGUUGAUCAAGAUCAGGCAGUUGUAUGUAUGGAAGGCGAUGAUGAUGAUCAUGGCAAUGCUUUCGGGUUCAGUAAUCCUCACAUUAUCCAUCCCCACCUGCAACUUCAGCUUCAUCCUCAUGAGCCCAACAGCGUUCUUCAGCUGGGCGGCCCACUCCCUCCUCCUCCGCCGCCCUUCCUCCACCCCUACCGCCUUCAGCCCUUCCAGCCCAACCUCCACUCCUCCACUACUUAACCUACCCCUUGACUUCAGCUUCAUCACACACAAUCAAAGAUAUGGUGCACACUAGGAGUGAUGGGCGGUAAACAAGGAGGCCUCCUCAUGCCACAAUUUAGCUGACAACCCCCAAUUAUAUAUCAUUUAUAUUCUAAACUUUCUUUCAUUGUCUCGACAAAUACUCAUUUAUAUGACUCCCUUUUAUUUUUCU